AUGGAUGAAGCUUUCAGAGAUCGGACUGCCUUUAUUCAAGGAGCUAAAGACAUUGCUAAAGAAGUUAAAAGACAUGCAACCAAGAAGGUUGGGAAGGGUGUAGACAAGGUGCAGGAUGAAUACACAAAAAGAUCCUACACACGCUUUGAAGAAGAUGAUGACGAUGACUAUCAGCCACCAGAUGGCUAUUACCGGGGUGACACAGUUGAUGAGGAAGGAGCUUCCAGUGAUGCCACAGAAGGCCAUGAUGAGGAUGAUGAGAUCUACGAAGGGGAAUAUCAAGGCAUUCCUCGCGCUGACUCCAUGAAAGGAGACCACCUUACAGACAAUAGACAAGUUGUUACAGAGAUCAAGGAUUUUGAAGACAUUGCAGCGCAAAGAAAGAAGGACAAAGAGGAGCUGGCCCAACAGUAUGAGAUAAUUCUUCAAGAAUGUGGUCAUGGCCGUUUCCAGUGGACACUCUAUUUUGUUCUUGGACUUGCUCUUAUGGCUGAUGGAGUUGAAAUUUUUGUUGUGGGUUUUGUACUACCCAGUGCUGAGAAGGACAUGUGCUUGUCUGAUUCUAACAAAGGCAUGUUAGGUCUCAUCGUUUACCUGGGAAUGAUGCUGGGUGCGUUCCUAUGGGGAGGAAUGUCUGACAUCAUUGGCCGCAAACAGUGUCUCCUCAUUUCCCUGUCUGUAAACAGUGUGUUUGCCUUCUUCUCCUCAUUUGUGCAGGGAUAUGGGACCUUCUUGUUCUGCAGAUUGUUGUCUGGUGUCGGCAUCGGUGGAUCCAUCCCUAUUGUUUUCUCAUAUUUUUCGGAGUUUCUGGCCCAGGAAAAGCGCGGAGAGCAUCUGAGCUGGCUCUGCAUGUUCUGGAUGAUCGGUGGAAUUUAUGCUUCAGCCAUGGCUUGGGCAAUCAUACCUCACUAUGGAUGGAGUUUCCAGAUGGGUUCUGCUUACCAGUUCCAUAGCUGGAGGGUGUUUGUGCUGGUUUGUGCGUUUCCAUCGGUUUUUGCCAUUGGGGCUCUAACGACCAUGCCAGAGAGUCCACGAUUCUACUUAGAGAAUGGGAAACAUGAUGAAGCUUGGAUGGUCCUCAAGCAAGUCCAUGACACCAACAUGAGGGCCAAAGGCCAUCCAGAAAGAGUAUUUUCUGUGACACAAAUAAAGACUAUAAAGAAAGAGGAUGAACUCAUUGAGAUCCAGGCAGGUACUGAGACCUGGUACAAGCGCUGGAUGAUCCGGCUUCUCAACCUCUUACAGCAGGUCUGGGCUAACUUCCAUGAUUGCUUUGCCCCUGAGUACCGACGUAUCACCUUCAUGAUGAUGGCUGUAUGGUUCACAAUGUCCUUCAGCUACUACGGGCUUACAGUUUGGUUCCCUGAUAUGAUCAAACAUCUGCAGAAUAUUGAAUACGCCUCACGGACUAAAGUCUUCACAAAUGAGAAUGUGAAGGAUUUUACCUUUAACUUCACCCUUGAAAACCAGAUCCACAAAAAUGGGGCAUACCACAAUGACAAAUUUAUUGGCCUGAAAAUGAAAUCCGUCAUAUUUGAAGAUUCCUUGUUCUCAGAUUGCUUCUUUGAAGAUAUAACAUCCAGUAAUACUUUCUUCAAAAACUGUACCUUUGUUUCAUCAAUGUUCUUCAACACAGACUUAUUUAAGUACAAAUUCAUCAACAGCAAUGUCACAAACUGCACGUUUCUACACAGCAAGGAAGGGUGCCAACUGGACUUCAGCGAUGAUAAUAAUGCCUACAUGAUCUAUUUUGUGAGCUUUCUGGGCACCUUGGCAGUCCUACCAGGCAAUAUUGUGUCUGCUCUGCUCAUGGAUAAAAUUGGCCGACUGCGUAUGUUGGCUGGGUCCAGUGUCAUGUCAUGUAUUAGCUGCUUCUUCCUAUUCUUUGGGAACAGUGAGUCGGCCAUGAUUGCCUUGCUCUGUCUCUUUGGGGGAGUCAGUAUUGCUUCUUGGAAUGCACUUGAUGUACUGACGGUGGAGCUCUACCCAUCUGACAAGAGGACAACUGCCUUUGGGUUCCUGAAUGCCCUCUGCAAACUGGCUGCUGUGUUGGGAAUAAGCAUCUUCGCCUCCUUUGUUGGUGUGACCAAGGCAGUGCCCAUUCUGCUGGCAUCCGCUGCUUUGGCACUUGGCAGCUUUCUAGCCCUCAAACUUCCGGAGACACGAGGCCAGGUGCUUCAGUGAGAGUCAACUUUAUAAAAAGGAUUAGAUUUGUAGACACUGUGAAAUGUCUUUUAAUUUUCUUUGUGGGGUCCUUCCCCAUACCCUCUUCCCAAAAAAAUUGUAUGAGUCUAUUCUUAGCUGUUGGGCACCUUUAAGGAUUAUUUGAAUUAACGAUGAUGAUUGACAGAUGACAGUAUGAUGGUUUACCAAAAUUUCAAUUAAAGUAAUGCUUAUAUAGUA